CACCACAUUUGAACUAUGUUGCCACAAACUUUAUGUUUCUCGGGAAAAUGACAUCUUCCAACAGUCAAGCUCCACGGACUCUUGCUCCAGCUACUAUCAUUAGUCCCCUUGCCAAUGAUUCCGCUCAAGAGACUGUCGUCAAGCCAAUCCGAAAAAGAACAAAUGCCUGUGAAGCAUGCAAGAAGAGGAAAACAAAAUGUCUAGGAGAGCUUCCGUGUGAUAAAUGUCUUCAAAUAGGCACAGAAUGUCAUUUCGUGGAAGAAUCUGAUAGACGAAGAAAGCUUGCACUGCGCCGUAUCGAACAGGAACUGAGCUCAGCCUACUUGUUGCUCGAUCAAAUCAAAGUGGCUUAUGGAAAAGGUAACAAAAUAGAACUUGAAAGACUCAUUAACAUAUCGAAGGAUAAGUCGACUUUGGCUUGGAGGAUUGAAGUUCCAACGCAGCAGAAACUACAGGAUCUCGAAGAGCCGAAUUCAUUGAAGCCUCUUACGUCGAGAUCCUAUGCUUUGAAAGAGCCUCAAAGAUCUCGUUCUAUUUCACCCUCUUCGUCAAUGGGCUCGCUUAACGAUAUUGAUACUGUUGAUAAUGAUGUGAACAGAGAUAGGCAAAGCAGAUCAACAGGGUUCAUGGGAAAAGGUUCUGAGAUUGCUUGGCUCCAAAGACUUCACGCUGAAGUCGGCGGCUUAGAACGUCCCGGUACCGAGCAACACGUCAAGCAUGAUAAAGGAAGUCUCGCUUCUCUCAAUUACCACCUCGAUAAUCUGGUUAUAGCAGAACCAAGUUAUAGUGAUCUCAAUGCAAUGCCACCAAAGCCUUGGGCUGACCAACUGCUUCACACUUACUUUUCAUUCAUACACCCAACAUUCCCACUUCUUCUCAAACCUUUGUUUUACCAGCAGUACGAGAAUGCUUUCCGUAAUCGCUUGUCAGCCCCUCAGCAAAGCUGGCUCGUGAUCUUCAACCUAGUCAACGCUAUUGGAGCUAAACAUUUUCAGUUGCGCCAAGAGCACUGGGACGAAGAUGUUGAUGAUCGUAUCUUCCUUUCAAGGGCCAUUGCACUCAAUGCAAAGCAUAAUACGAUUUUGGACUAUGUGGACUUACAACAGGUCCAAAUAAGGAUGCUUCUAGCACUCUAUUAUCUCGUUGCUGGUCAAAUUAAUCGAUCAUGGCAAUUAAUAGGCUGUACUGCCCGAUCUGCUAUAGCUUUGGGGCUUAAUCUCCGAAACAGUGAUGGGAACUUAGAUCACGACUCGAAAGUAUUGCGUUCCAGCCUGUGGUGGUCAAUCGUCUAUCUGGAGCAGAUACUUUGUACUGCAACAGGCCGUACAUCUUGUAUUGACUGGAAUUGCUGCAGUAUCACGGCUCAUGUAUUAUUGAAAGGAGAUCUACUUCCCGAGUCAGAGGCAGCCGGUAACCUUAGUACUGAAGCACAAGAGCAAGAACUUGUCUUCAUAUUAUAUGCCAAUGACUUGCAGUUGCAGGAAAGGACAAGAUAUAUACAAUCUGUUCAGCCAAACAGCUCCUUAUUCUCCUUCUACUUAACUGAUCUCGCUGUGAUUGGCCACGCGGCAAUUAGAUCAGUGUAUAGUCUACAAUCUCUAUCCGGCACACCGAGCGAAAAACAGCAUCAGAUCAGCAAGUACCAGAAGAAGCUGGAAGAAUGGCUAUCAUCAUUGAAAGAGUAUUGGAGCUUUACCGAUAGCCAUGGACACUACACGAAGAGCAUGGAGUGUCGAGAAAAGAUAUUACUUGCGUUCAGCUUUUAUAGCAUCGAGAUCGUUCUUAAUCGUCCCUGUCUUACCCGCCCCGAAUUUCAAAAGAAUUCAGAAGUCAGGCGCCCUCGCUCUAGGUUCGAUGAUGACAAGGCACUUGUCUGUUUACAGUCUGCCCUUAAUAUGACUUCGGUCUUACCUGAUCUCCCAGACUUGGAGUGGUUAUGCACAAUGGCACCAUGGUGGUCCAUAGUUCAUCACUUGAUGCAAGCAUUGGUGAUAUUACUGCUUCAACUGUGUGUAGGACCUGUCGGAGCCUCCGAACACGGAGAAAUCACUGGAGGUGGGGGAGCUGUGGGCACAGCAGAAGAACCAGAGAAGAUACUCCAAGUAUCAAAAAAGUGCCUACGUUGGUUAUUUUCUAUUGGCAAUCGAAGUUACAGUGCGAGAAAUGCCUUCAUAACUUGUGAUCGCCUUUUACGCAAAAUUGCCAGCGUUCGAAGAUUGGACCUAAGUAACCUACCAGCUUCGUCGAAUCUAGCUGAUCGAACUGCCGACAAUAAUCUCCUGCCCUACUAUCGUGGGUCCUUCAAUCCUGGCUCUACUCGUCUACUGCAUCUGAAAUCAUCGAACAGCUCGUCUCACAAUAAUGAUGACUGCUGGGGAGCAGAUUACACACAUCCUGAGUCAGCCACUGACGAGCAAGAAUCCACUCCCUUAACCUUGGACCCUGCGCUGCUUGAGGUAUAUGAAACUCUGAUUGAAAAUCGCUCAACCAGUGAUAUCGAUGUCUUUGAAGGCGACAUUGAGUAUCCGCAUGGAAGUUACUGAGUGACCAUAGUCCUUGUUGAAUGCCAUCUAAGGAUUAUCCAGUUCUGGAGUUUCGCCGGAUAUGGAUAGGUCACGAGCCGCGUAGUUGUCGUUUGUGGACGCGCAGCUUCCAACGGGGAAUAUAAUCGCGUAGCGCACUUCAUGGUCUUUAGGUCUUUGAGACUGCGUGAUUAUAGGGUUGGAAUGGAACCAGAUCAUUACUUGUCAUCGCAUUCAUUAACUCAGG